UGGUUUAAACUUGUAAUUAUUUUGUUGCUUUAUUUCAUGAUUUUAAGCAUUUUGAUAUUUCAAGACAAAAUUAAAAUUUUAAUAAAAAUAUUUAAGUGCAGAAAUGUUUGCGUCAGUCGGUUGCGAUGAUAUGUUACCGCGUGCCGCACCUAAACCAAGCGAUAUGACCGAAUCUGUUGUUGCACCAACUGUGCCUGAAGUUUCUUUAUUGCAAGAAAGUUUAAAACAACCUCCAACGAAUGCAAUGCCAAUAAAACCUGCAAUUAAAUCUUACUCAGAAUUCAAAAAAGCGGUUUUACCAAGAGUUACCUUCACUUCACCUGGACUAGACCCACCUGCCGUUAGCGCAAAUAAAGAUCUAAAUUUCAAUAAAUGUGAUCUUAACCCAUUACGGCCAGCAAUAAGUGCAACAACACUUUCAUCUGCUAAUUCCAACAACUCCAUAAACAACAACAAUAAUAACCUUUCGUUUUAG